UCUCUCUCAGAGUCCACUUGCUCUAUCUUCCACGUUGCUUUGUUUGUAACUUCAUAACUAGCUCCAUUGUUACAUAGUACGAUCAUGGUAUCAGCAGAAACGGCGACAAUGGCGGAGGCUGAACAGUCGUUGACAGGGCCUCGCAUUUCCUUCUCAGCGGAUUUGUCAUCAUCAGAUAGCGACGGAGAUUUCAUCUACAUCAACCCUGUGAUGAAUCUCAUUGUGGGUAAAGAAGAAAAAGACAAGACCUCAGUGAAAGCCGGAGACUUUGAGUUUCUGUCUGAAAACGCAACAAUGCUUAGCGCUGACGAGUUGUUCUCUGAAGGAAAGUUACUUCCUUUCUGGCAGGUUAAGCAUUCAGAGAAGCUUAAAAACGUUACCUUGAAAACAAAAGUCGAAGUCGAAGAAGAAGAAGAUCAGAAAGUAGUGAAAGAGGAGGGUCUUGUUCAUAACAACAAGGAACAAGAGAAUAACAACAACAACAACAGAGGAAGCUGGUUUCUUGACGACGAUCCAUCUCCACGUCCACCAAAGUGCACGGUACUGUGGAAAGAGCUUUUGCGGUUGAAGAAACAGAGGACUACGACGACGACGGUUUCGUCAACGAGGGUAUCGUCUCUCUCACCGUCUUCUUCUUCAAGCUCGACUUCGUCUUCUUCGAGUUCGAUUGGGGAUGCGGUGAAGAAGGAGGAGAGAGAGAAGGAAGGGAAGAGAGGUAAGAAAGGGUUAGAGAGAACGAGAUCUGUGACUAUGAGGAUAAGACCAAUGAUUCAUGUUCCUGUUUGUACUCCGUCUAAGUCCUCUGCUCGAUUACCUCCUCUGUUUCCUAUAAGGCUUCAGAAAAACAGAGUAGAGAGACGAACUUGAUGCAACAUAUCUGUUUUUAUCUAUUUGUGACUUAUAUCUAUCCUUCCUUUGGUUGGGUUUUUUGUGAUUAGAUGGAUCUUUGUGACUGAGAUCUGAGGUGUGACAGUGUAAAUGUGAAGGGCAUUUUCAUACCCGAAAACAAUAAGAUGAAUACACCCAUUUUUAUGCU